AUGGCGGAAUCGGUGGACCUCCCGAGUCGACUCGCGAUUCUUCCCUUCAGAAACAAAGUCUUAUUGCCUGGUGCAAUUAUUCGAAUUCGCUGUACUACACCGAGCAGUGUGAAAUUAGUAGAACAAGAACUGUGGCAGAGAGAAGAGAAAGGAUUAAUUGGUAUUCUUCCAGUUCGUGAUUCUGCGGAGGCCGGUCCCACGCCAUCUCCAGGAGAGCAAAGCUCGAAAAACCAAGAGGAGACCUCUGACUCCCACAAACUCAAUGGCAAGAAUCAACAGGAAGUUAUUCAUUGGCAUAAUAGGGGGGUGGCUGCCCGAGCCUUGCAUCUGUCAAGAGGAGUGGAGAAACCAAGUGGGAGGGUCACAUACAUUGUUGUGCUAGAAGGGUUGUGUAGAUUCAGUGUACAGGAGCUAAGCACAAGAGGGACAUAUUACACUGCACGGAUUAUCCCUCUUGAUAUGACAAAAUCUGAUAUGGAUCAGGUGGAACAAGAUCCUGAAUUCAUAAUGUUGUCCCGUCAGUUUAAAGUGAUGGCCAUGGAACUUAUUUCUGUUCUUGAGCAGAAACAAAAGACCGGGGGGAGGACUAAAGUUCUCCUGGAGACAGUUCCUGUGCACAAACUGGCAGAUAUUUUUGUUGCCAGCUUUGAAAUUAGCUUUGAAGAGCAGCUAUCCAUGUUGGAUUCAAUCGAUGUGAAAGUGAGGCUUUCAAAAGCCACUGAAUUAGUUGAUAGACAUUUACAGUCAAUUCGUGUAGCAGAGAAGAUUACACAAAAGGUUGAGGGACAAUUGUCAAAGUCACAGAAAGAAUUUCUCCUUCGUCAGCAGAUGAGAGCGAUAAAGGAGGAACUUGGUGAUAAUGACGAUGAAGAGGAUGACGUGGCUACACUGGAGAGGAAGAUGAAAGAUGCAGGGAUGCCACCAAAUAUAUGGAAACAUGCUCAGAGGGAACUAAGGAGACUGAAAAAAAUGCAGCCUCAGCAACCUGGGUAUAAUAGUUCACAUGUAUACCUGGAUCUUCUUGCUGACCUUCCCUGGCAAAAGGCUAGUGAAGAAAGUGAAUUGGACUUAAAGGCUGCGAAAGAGCGUCUUGACAGUGACCAUUAUGGUUUAGUGAAGAUCAAGCAGCGGAUAAUUGAAUAUCUAGCUGUUCGCAGGCUCAAACCAGAUGCAAGAGGCCCCGUAUUGUGUUUCGUUGGUCCACCAGGUGUUGGGAAGACAUCGUUAGCUUCAUCCAUUGCCACUGCUUUGGGCAGAAAAUUUGUUCGCAUAUCUCUUGGUGGUGUGAAGGAUGAGGCGGAUAUUAGAGGGCAUAGACGAACAUACAUUGGAAGCAUGCCUGGACGUCUUAUUGAUGGGUUGAAGAGAGUAGGUGUUUGUAAUCCAGUUAUGCUUCUGGAUGAGAUUGACAAAACAGGUUCUGAUGUUCGUGGUGAUCCUGCCUCAGCUUUACUUGAAGUUCUUGAUCCUGAACAGAACAAAACAUUUAAUGAUCACUAUUUGAAUGUGCCAUUUGACCUUUCAAAGGUGAUUUUUGUGGCUACUGCCAAUAGAGUGCAGCCUAUUCCUCCACCACUCUUAGACAGGAUGGAAGUCAUCGAGCUGCCUGGCUAUACACCUGAAGAAAAACUUAAUAUAGCAUUAAGGCAUUUAAUUCCACGUGUACUGGAUCAGCAUGGUUUGAAUUUUGAUUUCCUUCAAAUUCCUGAGGCUAUGGUGAAACUUGUCAUCCAAAGGUACACUAGAGAAGCUGGUGUCCGUAAUCUGGAGAGAAACUUGGCUGCCAUAGCUCGUGCAGCAGCUGUUAGAGUUGCAGAACAAGAACAUGCCGUGCCACUUAGCAAAGAUGUGCAGCAAAUUGCCUCACCUUUGUUGGAGAGCAGACUUGCUGAUGGAGCUGAUGUUGAAAUGGAAAUCAUGCCCAUGGGUGUUAACAAUCAUGAUAUCUCACAGGCAUUAAGGAUCACGUCACCUUUGGUUGUGGAUGAAACCAUGUUGGAGAAAGUACUGGGGCCCCCAAGAUAUGAUGACAGGGAGACUGCAGAUCGUGUUGCAACUCCUGGUAUAUCUGUUGGACUCGUAUGGACAGCCUUUGGUGGAGAGGUUCAAUUCGUUGAAGCUACUGCAAUGGUGGGAAAAGGUGAUCUACAUCUCACUGGCCAACUUGGGGAUGUUAUUAAAGAAUCGGCCCAGAUUGCAAUGACAUGGGUGAGAGCGAGAGCAACAGAACUUAAGUUGGCUACUGCUGAGGAGACUAAUCUCCUUGAAGGCCGGGAUAUUCACAUACAUUUUCCUGCUGGGGCUGUACCUAAGGAUGGACCAUCAGCUGGCGUGACUCUUGUAACCGCUCUGGUUUCACUGUUCAGUCAGAGGAAAGUACGAGUAGAUACGGCAAUGACAGGGGAGAUGACACUGAGAGGUUUAGUUUUACCUGUUGGCGGUAUUAAGGAUAAGGUUUUAGCAGCCCAUCGGUAUGGUAUCAAGAGAGUUAUUCUUCCAGAGAGAAACUUGAAGGACUUGGUGGAGGUACCAUCAGCCGUGCUCUCCAGCCUGGAGAUAUUACUUGCAAAACGAAUGGAGGACGUGCUGGAACAGGCCUUUGAAGAAGACAGAAUGACGACUUCUUUUGGCAAAGAUCAAGUAUGCAGGAACAAUUACAGCUUCUUUUUCCUUUAUACGAAACCCUGUCCCCGUUGUAUUAUUCUUCUCUUUCAGCAAGCUGUAUUUAUUGCAGCAAUACUUACAGCAUUCUUUUUCCUUUUAUUAUAA